CAGGCGCUGGCUGGGGAGGGCACCCGCCGAGCUCCUAGCCCCUUCCUUACGCCUCUGCCCUAGGCCAUGGCUCCAGGCCCAGGCCUCCCUGCCUCUCUGGCUCUGUGCAGACCCCGAGCCCCGGCGGCGCCCGACGACAGGGCUCCACACUGCGCCGUGCCGGCCACCGUGCUCCUGCUGCUCGCCUACCUGGCUUACCUGGCGCUGGGCACCGGCGUGUUCUGGGUGCUGGAGAGCCCCGCGGCGCGUGACUCCAGCGCGAGGUUCCAGCGCGAGAAAUGGGCGCUGCUUCAGAACUUCACGUGUCUGGAUGGCCCGGCGCUGGACUCGUUGAUCCGGGGCAUCGUCCAAGCGUACCAAAGCGGGGACAUCGUCCUUGGCAACACCACCAGCAUGGGGCGCUGGGAGCUCGUGGGCUCCUUCUUCUUUUCUGUGUCCACAGUCACCACGAUUGGCUACGGCAACCUGAGCCCCCAUACGAUGGCCGCCCGCCUCUUCUGCAUCUUCUUUGCUCUUGUGGGGAUCCCGCUCAACCUCGUGGUGCUCAACCGACUGGGGCAUCUCAUGCAGCAGGGAGUGCAUCACUGUGCCCGCAGCCUGGGGGGCGCCUGGCAGGACCCGGCCAAGGCUCGGUGGCUGGCGGGCUCCGGUGCCCUCCUCUCGGGCCUCCUGCUCUUCCUGCUGCUGCCCCCACUGCUCUUCUGCCACAUGGAGGGCUGGAGCUAUGUAGAGAGCUUCUACUUCGCCUUCAUCACCCUCAGCACCGUGGGCUUCGGCGACUACGUGAUCGGGAUGGACCCCUCCCGGAGGUACCCGCUGUGGUACAAGAAUACAGUGUCCCUAUGGAUCCUCUUUGGGAUGGCGUGGCUGGCCUUGAUCAUCAAACUCAUCCUCUCCCUGCUGGAGAUCCCGGGGAGAUCAUACUCCUGCUACCACCACAGCUCCAAAGAGAACUUCAAGCCCCAAAGCUGGAGGCAGAGCCCCGAUGGGGAGGCAGAACCCCGUUUGCCACAGUCAGGCUGCUGUCCAGAGGGGCCUGUGAGAAUCAUGCAGCAUCCAGAACCCUCUACUCAGGUCUCAUGUUGUGGAAAAGGCAACUAGUUAUAUUCCCGUAUGCAUUCCAUCUUCCUCAGUAACGAGCCCUGGCUUUAAGCUUGGCACAUAACCACCCAGACUAAAGACUACUUUUUUAUCUUCCCUUGAGGCUAUUUACAGCUAUAUGGUUAAAUUCAGCCCAAUUGAAUACACGGAGAAGAAUCCUGUGGGACUUAUGACUGACUUUUUGUGGCAGGUAGUGUGCUCCUCUUCACUACUUCCUUUUUCUAGCUGGCUGCAAUACUGAUAUAGUGGCGGGAGCUCUGGCAACCAUAUUGCACCAUGAGGUAGAAGCCAUGUUUGAGAUCGGUGACACAGUAAGACAGGAAGAGCCUGGGUUCCUGAUGGUUGAAGAGCUUCCAUAACAAUCUGAACCGAAUACCUUCAGACUUCAUUUGUGUGAGUGAAAAAUAAAUGUCAA